AUGUCUCUUCUCAGCGAUAUCAUUGGACAUGGGGGGAUUCUGUCACCGCUGGACCUGGGAAUCACGCCUGCAACAAACAGCACUUCACAGCAAACGCCAAUCAUCGAUGACCCCAACGAAGGAACUAUCACAACAGGCAGCAGGUUUCAAGCCCGCUCCGAGUAUGCAGGAAGACGUCUCGCUGCACAAGCCUGCGCACUAGCAGAGGCCGGCCACACUGCCUUUAUUCACCAUACUCAAGUCGGGGCUUCUACUGUCCUCCAGGAUGCGCUCGCCGCGAGUGCUUUGCACGCCAUGCGUAACCCGGCCAAUUUGAAGCUGCCUUGGCCUGCAAUCCUCCGAUGGAACUCGAUCUACUCCCUCCUGUGCAAGCACUUCUCAUCUACCAAUGCAUACGGCUCUUUUCAACCAGCGACAUCACCCAACAGGCCCAGGCAGAGCGUGACGGAGCUCGGUUAUCAGCAUGGGGCGGACAAGUUGAGGCAAACAAUCAGCCCUUUUGGGCCAGUCAAAGAAUGGGCAGACUGGAUACGGCAGGAAAGCGUGAGACGGACGGCAGUGUUUGCCGAAACCAUCUCGGGUGUAUACACCUUUUUGAAGCUUGGUUGGGAUUGCGAAGGGAGAGUAUCCCAGCUUGGUUUCACGGCCCAGGCUACUCUAUGGGAGGCCAGAUCAGCGGCCGAGUGGCGGGAAAUAUGGAAAACGUCCAGGCGGCUUGAGCUCACCAUGUCCACCUUUGGUCAUGACACGCAAGGUGCCGACCCUGAAGACUUUGACGAGCUAGGCAGGGUUAUUUGCGCCACCUAUCGUGGUUUGGACGCCUUGGAGGAGUGGUUUGGUGGAGACAAGGCAACACUCAAGAGAUGGGGGCUGAGGGAGGACAGAUCCCUUCCGGCUUAUUAG